AUGGCCGAUGCAUUUCACCUCUUUGAAAAUCGGCUUGAAAUUAUUGGUGAUUCAUUAAUGGAAUCAUUUGAAAAUGUACGGAAUGAAUCUAGUGCAAUAAUUGCAAGUAAUUGCCUUGGAGAUAUCAUUAAACCAGAAAAAAAUAUGAAAAAACAAGAUGUAUUACACUUUUUAUAUUCAAAGGUUCAUCAAAACAAUAAAGAAGAUACUAUAAUGAAAAUCUUGGUUAUGCAUAAAGUUGAUCUUCAUGAAUUAGAAAAUCCAGUUAAAUAUAGAUUCCUUAAAUUAUCCCCCAUAUUCUACAGAUGGGUUAUUGAAAUAUUUGGUCCAUGUUCAGAAAUAACCAAAGUGUGUUUUGAUGAUAUUCUUGAAUCUCGUGUUUGUGCAGAUUUGUAUCUUCAACAAAACCCUGGGCAAGAUAUUCCUGGAGACAUGAAGGAAUCCACUUUUAAAGCUAUUCUUUCUUUGUAUCGUGAUUAUUGUAAUGAAAAGGUACCAUUUAGAAUCCAGCACUUGCAAUAUUUGACCAAAUCUCGCGAGGCAGACAUAAUUCAACCCUUCUUUGAAAUCGCAUUGCCAAAUAUCCUUCAUAUCUGCAAGGAUAAUGCAUCAAAGAACAGAUCUAACAACAAAUUAAAAUGCGAUUAUAAAAAUGAAGUAGAUGUUAAUGAAUGGAUUAAGAGACUUGAAAAUUUAGAUGAUACAUCAUCGGAAAAUUUUAAAGAUCUGCUAGCCAAGUUUUUGGAAAAAGAUGAAUAUAUUUUAAGAAAAAGAAACUAA